ACAUAAAAACUUGUAAUUUUCAAUCAACUUUCUUUUAUAAUUAUAAUUUUCUUUCCCUCUGCUAUUUAUCGAAAUAAAAUCUUGAUAAUACUUCAGAUGGCGUUUAUCGUCGACAUGGUUUGACUUGACAACCCAAUAUUUUUUUUAUAUAUUUCAUCACAAAGUGAGCCUCAGUGAGCCUUGGUUGUUGUAUAUAUGUGCCUACAUAUAAAGCUAUAUAUUUAUCAAUUAUAUAUCCAUAUUCUGUAUUUCAUAAAUAUAUUUCAAUUUUCUUCAAAAUAAUGGUAUAUUGGAUUUUAAAAAAACGUACAUUUAAAAGAGCCGCACUAUGGACUAUAAAAAUAAUUAUUAUUACUUACAUAAUUAUAUUUGGUAUUUGUCCGUUUAUAUUUCAUUACUCAUACAGUUUCCAACGUAAAAUACUUUUUUUAAAUUUCGUACACUGGCCACCUAGUCUAGACUUUGAAAAACCAGAGUCAAUUGGAUUGGAAGGUGUAAGGAAUUUUUAUUUACACACUGAUGAGAAUGUUAAAAUUGGAGCAUGGCAAAUGCUACCUCGAUCUUUACUCAAUGACUCUACAAUACUCAAUGACGAGUACUUUGAAGCAACUUUAGCAAAUGCAAGUAAACCAGUAUUUUUAUAUAUGCAUGGCAAUAGCGGAAACAGAGGAAGUAGUCAUAGAAUCGAAUUAUACAAAGUAUUCCAAGAUCUAGAUUAUCAUUUAAUUGCUUUCGAUUAUCGAAGCUACGGUGAUAGUGACCCUGCUGAGUUAUCAGAAAUUGGAGUUGUUACUGAUAGUAAAUACGUAGUACGCUGGGUAAUGAAUAAAGUUAACAACAGUGCGCCUGUUUUUGUGUGGGGUCAUUCACUUGGAACUGGAGUGUCCUGCCAUGCUUUAGAUUUAUUAGCUGCCGAAAAUAUACAUCCUGCAGGAUUAUUUUUAGAAUCUCCUUUUAAUAAUAUUGCUGAUGAAUUACGAUGUCACCCUUUUGCUCAAAUAUUUAGACAUUUACCAUGGUUUGAUUGGAUAAUUGUGCAGCCGUUUUAUGGAAAUAAUUUAAGGUUUGAGUCUGAUAAGCAUAGUGCUAAUAUAAAAUGUCCCAUAAUGAUAUUACAUGCUGAAGACGAUAGUGUUGUACCAUUUAAUCUAGGUGAAAAGUUAUAUGAAGAAACUUUGAAGACACAUGGGAAUGAUACGGAACAAGUUCAAAUGGUUAGAAUAAAUGCGUCAUUAGAGCUUGGUCAUAAAUAUAUAUGCCGAUACAAACCAUUACCGUCACUUAUACAGAACUUUGUAUUACAAUCUGUAAAAAAUCAAGUUCAAUGAAAUGCUUUAAUAAGUCUAGCAUCGUAUAAGUGUGUCCAUCAAAUCCAAAGAAUAUGAUGGUUUCGUCCAUUUUAUAUUUUGAGUGAUUUAAAGAGAAUAUAAUUAUUUUUCUCAGUAGAAUUACUUAGGAAAAAAUACAACUGAGAUUAGAAAAUUAUAUUUUUUUUAAGAUAAAUUAGAAAUUGUUAUUUAUUUUUUACUUUAAGUGGUUGAUUAAAGUA